AAGAAACAAAGGCCCUCCCGUUAACAUUUAAUUUGUGGCCCCAAAUGGCCAAGUUGCUUGAAGUGACAUUCGUGUUUCUAUUUCUAUCAUGACGAUUUUUCUGUCGUGGUUUCAAUUUAAAAUUUUUGAGAACUGGGUUUAUAUUCUCUUGGCUCCCUCUGAGAACCCAAUUCGGAAAAUCACGCUCCUGUAUUCUUUGAUAACCUACUUUUUCCUAUUCAGGUUCUCAAGUCAAAUUCUUCAACUUUUGGUGAUAACCUAAGGGAGAACAAAUUCUGAUUCCUGCUCAAGUUUGUUUGUUUGUUUUUUUUUUGCCCCCUUCUUUGUAGGCUUCGUAAAUUGGAAAGCACAGAAUAACAAGAGCGCCGACUUAGGUACUAGGCACACAUGGACUGGGACUGGAAAGAGUUGGCCUGGGAUCCGUCUGGGUCGGAGCUAUCAAAUGGAGCGGCUUCCGUGGAUUUGAGUCUUGGAGAGACUCCCGAUUUCAUACAGAAAUCACCCUCAUAUACACCAAAGGACUUGCCGAGAGACUCGAAAUCGGCAUCAUCGCCAUGCGGCUCGUCAAAGAGGAGCCGUACGCUGAGUGGAUCGACGCAGAGCGUGUCGUGCUUGGUGGAUGGAUGCGACUCCGACCUGAGUGAUUGCAGAGAGUAUCAUCGGCGACACAGAGUGUGUGAGAAGCACUCCAAGACGCCCAUUGUGUUGGUAGGGGGAAAGCAGCAGCGAUUCUGCCAGCAAUGCAGCAGAUUUCAUUCCCUCGGAGAGUUUGAUGAAGUUAAGAGGAGUUGCAGGAAACGUCUUGAUGGACAUAACAGGCGCAGAAGGAAGCCUCAGCCACCUUCUCUUUUCAUGGCUGCUGAGAAAUUCCUGAGCGGCUAUAAAGGGCCCAGAAUCCUUCAUUUUGGUAGUCCUCAGACGUACAACUACCCGUUCGUGAGAAGUAUGUGGCCUGCCACUGCCAAAGCUGGAGCUGGACCAGUGAUGAUCAGUUAUGACCAAAACAGUCUGCUAAAUUCCUUUGCUAAUGUAGAGCAUCAGCAGGAUAAGCAACUUCCUUUCUUUGGGUUAAACAGCUCUAAAGUAGGUCAUGGUAAUGAGGCAGUGUCUGGAAUUCCCAUGAGCCAAACAACUUCUGGUGCCUUUGCCCCAUCAGCAAGUGCAAAUGGUGGUCGGAAGCUUGCUUCUGAUUGCGAACCUGGAUCUAUUGAUUCAAAUUGUGCUCUCUAUCUUCUGUCAACACUUCAGACUCAAAGUCAAGAGUUGAGCUUGGUGCAGUCCACCGUAAACUGUCCAGUGCAAUCAUCUCCAUUAGAAGAUUUGCAUUUUGAUGCUGGGGAUAAAUACUCAUCAUGCUCAGAAAGUCCACAAGAAAAGUCUACUAAUCCAUUAUUGGUUGUGGAUGCCGACACAGCCAACCUUGAUUACGACCAUACGAUGCACAUGAGGCCUGAUGAAAUUGUGGAAAAUGGGGACUUGCCGACCUUUCCAUUUUUCUGGGAGUAGGUUGCUAACUUAUUAUUCCUUGGUUGGAAAUUUCUGGUACUGUAGAUCUUGAACCAAUUAUCUCUGUAUUCUGACUGAGAAAAACUAAACAUGGAGCCUUCGGAAUUUGUUCUUUAUGUCCUUGCGAUAUCAUUUCAUUUGUAUGGUACAAAUUUUAUGGGAUUGUUAAGCCUGAGGGAGUUGUGUUACAGAGGGCUUGGCUGCAA